AUGAAUAACUCUGCAGCGAACGUCUCAACAAACGGAGAUUCCACAACUGUGUCCAUUGGACUAGUGAACAGUCUUGAGAUAUGUGUGUAUCUCAUCAAUCUCCUGUUUUGUCUUCCUACAAACUCCUAUGUGAUGCGGCUCAUCGUCACAGGAACAGGAAGUGGAAUUGUGUCCGAGUUCUUCAUCCUCAAUCUCUCUGUUUGUGAGAUCGGUAUCUGUCUAAAUAGUUUGAUCUUUGUACUGUCGAUGUGGUUUCGGGGUUUGUCAACAUGUGAACAGUUUUUAAUAGGAUUUUCCAUUACCGGUCGUCCUCUGUUUCAGUGUCUGAUGUGUGUGGAGCGUUACCUGGCGGUGGUUCAUCCUGUAACCUUUCUGAAGUACAAACCUCUCAGAUAUCGAGUGAUCUGCUGCACCGCUGCCUGGAUCAUUUGUCUCAGCUCCUGUUUUCUCUGCAUGUUUACUUUAGAUGCGCAAUAUGCUGUUUAUGUAUGGUUUUUGACAAUGCAGCUACUUGUCUUCCUCUUUAUCAAGUUAUUUUGCCUUUCGGCUGUUCUCAGAGCUCUGAAGCAGUCAGGACCAGGAGAGAGAGGGAGAGAGAGAGGGGAGGAAAACCACAUGAAGAGAAGAGCGUUUUAUCUCAUUCUCAUAACUACCGUGACAACAGUUCUCACGUAUGGUCCGAUUACUAUUACAGGAUUCUUUUACAUUGUGACACACAAUUACGUGGACAGACCGGAAGUUUGGCUUUCAGGUUUUUUUUGUUUUGUGCUGGCUGGUUUUGUUCAGCCUGUUCUUUAUCUGCAGCGCACUGGAAAAAUCUCCCGCUUCAGCUGCAAAAUUUGA